AUGCCAAGGAUUACAACCUUGAACCCACGAACACAAUGGGCUGAGGCAGCAGGGAGCAAAUCAGCAGCAGCCCAGGGCUCCACAGCCCACCUGGAGCACGGGGUGACCAUCAGUAGGCAGCAACAGGCGGGAGCAAAUCAGCAGCUGAGCCAGACCUCCACCGCCAUUCCGGCCGGGAUAAAAGCCAUGAGCGUGCUGUGCUCGGCCCUUCUCGCACGGACCAGAGCAGCAGCACCAAUGGCUCAGGAAACAGUGCACUACUCUCACUCAGAGAAAGACUUCAUCUUGUCCCCUCACAGUAAGAAGACUCCCAAAAGGAUGGCGUCCCUGAUGGAGCUGAAGGAGAUCUUCCGCAGCGCCGACGCCGUGUGCUUCGACGUGGACAGCACCGUCAUCAGGGAGGAGGGCAUCGAUGAGCUCGCCAAGUUCUGUGGGGUUGGGGAUGCUGUGGCAGAGAUGACCCGCAGAGCCAUGGGUGGCACUGUGACAUUCAAGGCAGCUCUUACAGCACGGUUAGGUCUCAUCCGGCCCUCCUAUGAACAAGUGCAGAAAUUAAUAUCUGACAACCCACCUCAGCUAACUCCAGGAAUAAGGGAGCUGGUGAGCAGACUCCACCAGCGAGGGGUUCAGGUGUUCUUGGUCUCCGGGGGGUUUCAGAGCAUUGUGGAACACGUGGCCUUGCAGCUGAACAUUCCCACAGCAAACGUCUUUGCCAACAGGCUCAAGUUUUACUUCAACGGAGAAUAUGCAGGAUUUGAUGAAACACAACCAACAGCUGAAUCAGGGGGGAAAGGGAAGGUUAUCACUCAUCUCAAAGAACAGUUCCAUUUCAAGAAAGUGGUUAUGAUUGGAGAUGGAGCUACAGAUAUGGAAGCCUGCCCCCCUGGAGAUUGCUUCAUUGGAUUUGGAGGCAACGUAGUCAGAAAGCAAGUAAAGGAGAAAGCAAAAUGGUACAUCACCCACUUCGACGAAUUGCUAAAGGAGCUGGAAGAGCGAUAAAUCCUCGUGUAAAAUAAUCUAUUUAACACCUGUAAAUCCAUUAUACAAUGCCAUUAAACAUUUAUUUGUUUGCAAACUUG